AUGUCUACUACGUCAUUAGCAUCACCUUUUCCUCCAGAAACUGUUAUCAACUGUAUUAAUUUUCAAGAAACUGUUCAGGAUACGCCUCAUUUUCGCGCGAGCAUUCGAAGAUUUGAGGAGCAUAUAGAUCAUUUUGAAAAAUGGUUGGAUAGCUUUUUGAAAGCUUUAAAACAAUAUAUUGAAGAAAUUAAUAAAUUCAAUGAUGCAAGUAACACUUUGGCAAAACGUUCUUCCCUUACUGAAGAUUCAUGGCUAGAUAGUGAGUUUACAUUACCGUCUGUGAGGCUGUUUACAGAUAUAUUUCAAACUACCUUUGCAUUUAAAGCAAAAUUGGCCAAUGAUAUUGAUGAAAAGAUUUUGCAACCAAUAAAUCAAUUUAUGAAAAAUGAUUUAAAGGAAUUUAAGGAAAUUCGCCGAGCAUAUGAUAAAUCACUUGAUAAAUAUGAUAACACAUUAGCAAAGUAUGCUUCUCAAUCAAAGACCAAGGAAGCAAGCGCAUUGCGAGAGGAUGCAUUUCAACUAUUUGAAAUUCGGAAAACAUAUAUAAAAACUGCAUUAGAUUAUACUCUCAAAACUAUCCAGUUCAAAUCUGCACUAGAUCACUUUCUUAUGGAUCAGUUUUUGGGUGGCAUAUGUGCUCAUCUAGAAUUUCAUGACUCAUGUUUGAUGAUAUACAAAGGUUCUGAAAAUAGUCUUAAUAGGUUAAAGGGAUGGUUAUGUGAGAGUAAAAAAACAUGCGAAAAUCAGAUGCCGGUUCUACAAGAUUUAAGAAAAAAAUUAGAAGAGGAUGCGAUAAAUAUGACAAAGCCACGUCGUAAAUUAACGAAAUACACUGAUCAUGCGAUACAACAUACACAAAAUUCAUCGCAAUCCAAUCGACCCCCUUCUCCUUCCGUAAAUCUUGCUGAUAUACCUCCAAAGCAAGGUUAUCUUUUCAUGAAACCGCUUAAUGGAAAAAGUAAUUGGACGAAAAAAUACUUUUACUUGAAAAAUGGAAUUUUUUGGUGGGCUUCUGUUGGAUCCGGAAAACACCGUUCUACAAUCGAGGAGAGUGAAAGGAUCGGUGUUUUACUUUGUGAAGUGAAAAUAGAUACAUCGCAAGAUCGAAGAUUCUGCUUUGAAGUUGUAUGUGGUGCUAAACAAACUUCUUAUGUUCUUCAAGCUGAAACUGAAACUGAGCUUAAAGAUUGGAUCAGUACUUUUGAAGCUGCAAAGCGUCAUGCUUUCCGUUCAUCAAAUGAUCUUGCAACAUCCGCCGCCGCAGCUGUAAGUCCACAUAAAGAGCUAGAAGACGAGCAAAAUCAGCCUACAACAGAUGAAGAACAACAUAAUGACGAUGUAGUAUCAAAAUCUGGUGGCGAAGGUUCCCAACCUGAAGCAUCAGAUACAAAAUCAAUUAUUCCUUCUCUAUCAUCAUCAUCUCAUUCCAGUGAUUUAAGGCAAAAUUCUCUAAAUGUCCCAAAUAUUACCAACAGAAAGAGAUCAUCAUCUAUACCUAAUCCUCCAAAACCGCCAUUAGUUUCUAAUUAUAGUAGUCCAUCCAAGAUACCUGGAACUCAUUUAAAUCCCAAUAAUACCGGAAAUUUAGUUGCUCCGUUAGCAUCACAAGGAUUUGUUAAUGAAAAAAACACAAAUUCUGGUCAACAUAAUUUCUGGGGAACUUUACAACAGGGUUUUAUGCCCGCAAUGAAUUUGCUUAUCAAUACAGUUAAUUCAACGGAAGGUGAAGAAGAAGGAGAUGAAACAAACGGGCGAAAGAGAUCAUCAUCUUUUAGAAGCAAAGGUGGUAGAUCUCGUAGUGGAAGUGGGCCUGUUGGAUUCGGCGCUGAUGGGUCUAUAGCAGUAUAUCCUCAGAUUUUGUUCUUACAUAAUAUGCAGCUCCAUUUUUUAUUUCCAAACUCAACAGAGAGAGAAUUUGUACUGGAUGUAUACAACUGUGCUUGGAAAAGAGACAAUGUAUUAUUAAAAGGGCGUGUAUAUAUUACUCAAGAUAAUAUUUAUUUUUAUUCUAUAGUAAUGAGCACGGUUAAUAUGUUUUUCAUGUCAUGGCAAGAUAUAAAAUCAAUUACUCAAGAGACUACAAAUAUCCUACAGACUAUUGAAUUUUCAAAUGAGAAUGAAAGUCAAAAGUAUGUCUUACAAACUUUUAUGGAAUCGAGUAAUGAAUUGUACGAUAAAGCACAUCUAAUUUGGAAACUUGCUACCAGCGAAAAGUCAUCAACGUUGCAAGAGAUGUAUGAUGCAGUGUGGAAAGAUCACACACUACUACAUUCUAAAGAAUCUGGGGAAGUUUUAAGUGACAAGGAUGCAGAGUUUCAUAAAGAAGAUUUUUCUAUAAAUCUUGAAACACCGCCAGAAAAGGAUGCCCAAGAUUUAAAUGACCAUUCUGAUAGUAAAAAAGCAUUAGACGCAGUUGAAAGGAAAGAUGAUCAAGCGAAAAGUGAUAGUGAUAAAGUGAAUAAUACUCCACCUCCGGCUUCAACUGUUUCUAAACCACAAGAAGGCAGUACAAGCCCAAAUUCCAUUACAAACAGUUCUCCAAUACGGACAACACAUGGAGGACAUGCUUCAACUCUUCGCCGCCGUGCUCAUCGUGUACCCAAACGUAAACCUCCUACGAGUGACGAUAAUUCAGUACCUGGAGGUUCAUCAUCCACUUCUCUAAAUAAUGAGGAGAAAGGAAAGCUCUUCAUUAUUAUUUCAACAAUCGUCGAAAUCGUGUCCUCUUUAUCAUUUAAUACAUUGUUUGGAACGAUCCUGAUUUUGUCAUUGGCACUGAAUAUCUACAUAUGGUUCAGUACCGGGCAAUUAAUUGAUUCAACAUCAACAAUUCAAGCAACUUAUGAAUCUAAUCCUAUAACUCCAGCAGUAUAUCUUCGAGAUUUGGAAGAGCAUAUCCUGAAUAAAAACACACGGAUGCAACAUCCACCAUAUCCAUGGCUACUUUAUUCGAAUCGUCGAUUAUCCGAGGAAAUAAUAAUCUCAAGAAAAAAGGUAGCAAUGUUACGAUAUGAUCUAUUACUUGCAUUCAGGAAUUUAAAUUUGGUUGAUAAAAGAUUAUUAGAGAGUGAAUACAUUAAUUGGCUAUUAGAUGAAAAAGCUAAGUGUAAUAAAGCGAGAUGGUUGUUGUUAAAAGACGAUUUAAUUUAUGAAGAUGAGGAUACUGUAGAGGAAGAUGACUGUAUUAAUUGUGUUAAUUCAAGCACUAUUAUUGAACAAGCUAAUAGUAAUGGAACAAAUAUGAAAGAUGAAAGAAAAUAUAGUUCAGAGUAUAAAGCUAUAUCAAAAUACUGUGGAGACGUCAAGAAGCAAUUGGAUGUGAUGCCUACAACAUUUUAG